AUGGUCGCAGAUAGUAAUGAGGUGGGACCAGUGAAAUGUCUAGAAUUUUUUGCUGGGAUUGGAGGCUUUCAUCAUGCUUUGCAAGAAGCAGGUGUGAAAGCUGUGAUACGCGCACUUGAUAUAAACAACGUGACAAAUACCAUUUAUAAAUAUAAUUUUCCUCAUACUGAAAUUCAGCAGUGCAAUAUUGAGAAAUUAAAAAGUGAUUAUUAUGACGAUUACAAUGCGGAUUUGUGGCUCAUGUCACCACCAUGUCAGCCGUUUACAAGGAAAGGAUUGAAAAAAGACAUGAAAGAUUAUCGCUGUAAUGCAUUGAAAAAUAUCUGCAUAGCGUUAAAAACUAUGAAAUGUAUUCCACGUUAUAUUAUUUUGGAGAAUGUCUGUGGUUUCGAAACAUCCGAAAUUCAUGAUAUGUUAAAAAAUACAUUACUGGAUUUAAGCUAUUAUAUUGAGGAAUAUAUACUUUCCCCAACAGAAAUUGGCAUCCCAAACUCAAGGCCACGCUAUUAUUUGUUGGCUAAUCUUUCAACUCGUAAUGCGUUCAAUAAAUCGUUCAUUAGAAUUGCUAACACAUGGCCUAUAGUUAAUACCAGGACCUUUUGUAAAAAGUUUAUUGGACAGUAUUUGUGCAGUGAAGCUGAUGAAGAUGAUACAUUGUUAAUUUUGCUUGAAACGAUUCAACGCUUUAUACGUGUUAUACAUUUUGUUACACCUUCCAGUUCUUAUUCAUGUUGUUUCACUAAGUCGUAUUAUCAUUAUUUUGCUGGUACAGGGUCUGUUCUGUUUCGAGUUGGGAAACAAAUUCAGGAUGAAGAGAUGAGUAUGGAACAGUUGAGGAAAAUGGCAUUAGGUGACAAAUUUAUGGACAGCCAAAUCCGUUAUCUUUCUUGGCGUGAAGUGGCCAAUUUAUUAGGAUUUCCAGCAACUUUUAUGAAACCACCAGAAAUCUCAGUAAAACAAAUGUAUCGUUCACUUGGUAACAGUAUCACUGUAUCUGGUGUAUCUUUACUUAUUCAACACUUGUUAAAACUUUAA